CAUAUUCUAGGACCUAAAAUUGCUAGCGGCGCCCCUGCAUCCUCUUCAGUAAUACACGCCCCCCUCCCCGUGCUUCUCCUCCCACUCCCAGCCGGGAUUCCUCUCGUGUGCAGCAGCAGUCAGACGACACUUCAGAAUACUCCGCUGUAGCUGUGGAGUUUGAGAGACCCACUGGACAUGGAUUUAUUCAGAGAUUCAGAGCUGGAUUUGGGCGGGAAUUCAGAAUCUCACUGGCUGAGCGAGAUGGAAAAAAGUAAAGGAAAACAAAGGGAAAAAAGAAAGAUGAAUCAAAAAAAUGGUAACAAGAAGAAAAAAUUCAGAAGUAAAAACUCUAGCCUUCCAGACCUAAGAGAGGUUUUUCAAGAGGUCAGAGAUAAGAAACAACUGGCUGUUCGUUGUGGGAAAAUGGCAGGUUGUCUUCACAGAACAAAGUAUGACAUUGGAGAGAAUUGUAUUUUAUGUAGAGGGAAGUGGUAUAGUCCCAGUCAGUUUGAGGUGAUUGGAGGAAAGAGGCAUAACAAGAAGUGGAAGUUUAGCAUCUAUUACAUGCCAUCAAACGGCUUUCAACAAGUGCAACUACUUGAACUCAUAAAGAGCGGGGUUCUUCCAGAGUUUGGACACCUGAGGGAGUCAUUUAAACAGGUGACGCAGACCAACAAAGGCAGUGCAAACUCUGUGCAAAAUAUGAUGAGGAGGAAUGAAUUAAUGAAUGCCUUAAAAGGUUUUCCAGAGUCCUGGAAAAGAUUGUUUGCCAAGAGCAUUUCAAUACCUGUGUGUGGAAUUGAAGAGAACACACUACAGAGGGAAACAAUCCAGCCAGGCAGUUCUUCAGAUGAAUCCGAAUCUGUUGCCGAAAGAGUAAAAUUGAAAAGGAGAGAAUCUGUGAUGUCAACUGAAGCUGUCAGUAAAAAGACCACAGAACCAGUAGGAUCUACUUCCAGUGACAUAGAUUCACCUGCACGUCCUGUUGAUCCGUCAGAACCUGGAGUCUCUCCUGUCGUAGAGGAGGCCGUCCAGACCACAGAUGACCCAACCGGAGCAGCACAGCUCAGCUUCAGCGCUGCCCCUGCUGAAUGGCAGAACCCUAUUACUUCUGAAGAGACUCAGGAAACAAGGCAGCUGCAGUUAUAUGAAUUUCUGGCAAAACAGUUUAAUACCAUCAACAACACCCUGCAAUCAAUUGAUUUGUCUUUAAAGAAGCUGGUGGAAAAGCAGUCACAUGACACACUGCCUCAAUACAUCAGUGUAACUCCUGCUGUUAUAGAAAAUCCUCUGAUUCACUCCUUAGUCAAGCAAGAGUAAGUCACGGAUGUUGUAACGACUUGAUUGGGAUUGUGAUGGAAAUGAUGGUUUGAGAUUAGACAAAAGCAGGUGAAGUAGAACUGAUAAUUAAACAUGUAUAUAUCUUAGCUAGGUAACUAAUACACCCUUUUCUUUUAAUGUGCAAGAGCCAAGAAAAUAAACAUCUCUUUUGAUAA